UGAGCCAUGGUAUUCACCCUAGUUUUUUAGGGAACCAAGCUGUUCCGCGGAUAGCCCGUGUUUCCAAGAAAACAUCACGAAAUAAAUUCCCCUAUUCACGUUUGAGACGAAUCCUCUCCGGUGAUACAAGGCUGCCAGCGGUAUUUCAACAGAAGCAGACCACGGGGAAGAGACGGCUCUCGUGCUCAUUAUCAGAUAGAGGGGAUGCUGAGCAGCUACAGUGCACAAGACUGAACGACGCACCGGAACGGAACUUCCUGAUGUAAUCUCGCCUUGGACGGAUUAUUGCGAUUUGGAAUGAUAUGGAGGAUUUCAGUACAUAAUAUUUUAUGAGAAAUGCUACAGGAGAAGGCCUUAGUGGUGGCUGAUGAAGGCAUGACGGUGGCCCAGUCCAGUGCGCGUCCUGAGCUUACCAGUGAUUCCUCACAUCUGGGCUUGCCUACAACUCCCAGCAUUCCCCAGAACAAUGAGCCUGACCAGAACAUUGAAAACAUCAAAGUGAUUCUUCAUGACAGGGAACUAUGGAAGAAGUUCCACAAGGCAGGAACUGAGAUGAUCAUCACCAAAGCAGGCAGACGGAUGUUCCCCAGCUACAAAGUCAAAGUCACAGGGAUGAACCCCAAGACCAAAUACAUCCUUUUAACUGAUAUUGUUCCAGCUGAUGACCAUCGUUACAAGUUCUGUGACAACAAGUGGAUGGUGGCAGGAAAAGCAGAGCCCGCCAUGCCUGGAAGACUCUACGUCCACCCAGAUUCUCCCGCAACAGGGGCCCACUGGAUGAGACAGCUGGUCUCCUUUCAAAAGCUAAAGCUCACAAAUAACCACCUUGAUCCAUUUGGGCACAUCAUCUUGAACUCUAUGCACAAAUAUCAGCCCAGAUUACACAUAGUGAAAGCUGAUGAAAACAAUGCAUUUGGCUCUAAGAACACUGCUUACUGCACACAUGUCUUCCAUGAGACAGCUUUCAUCUCGGUUACAUCCUAUCAGAACCAUGAGAUCACCCAGUUAAAAAUUGAGAACAAUCCUUUUGCCAAAGGUUUCCGUGGCAGCGACGAGGGUGAUUUGCGUGUGUCCAGACUUCAAGGGAAAGACUACCCUGUGAUUUCUAAGAACAUGGUUCGACAGCGGCUUAUCUCAUCACACGGCCAUCUGUCGGGAAAACUGGGUGCAGGUGUUCUGAGUAGCCACCCACAGAUGGUUUCUCACUAUCAAUAUGACAGUGGCAUUCCCCUGCCAAACUCUGAUUCACAGGAAGCUCUUUCGAACUCCUUCCCAUCUAGUCGGGAAUCCAGCCUUAUUUACCAUUGCUUCAAGCACAGAGAUAACACAAGGCACUUAGAGCUAGGAAGCAAACGUCCCUAUCUGGCCACAACAGCCUCUGCAGUUUCAGAGGAGCAUUAUUUCCGCUCUCCUCCAUCCUAUGAACCACCCUUGCUGUCCCAUCCAUACUGCAGUGAAGCUUUGGGUUCCAGAGAGGCAUGCAUGUAUGGAGGAAAUGAGGGAGAGGCAGGGGGCACAGUGGGUACAGAUGACCUACAAGCCCCCUCACUGAACUGCAAUAUGUGGGCAUCAGUGCAACCAUACCCACGUUAUAGCAUGCAGACUAUGGAAGCAAUGCCAUACCAACCCUUCAUGGCCCACUUCAAUAGUACAGCCACUGCUGCCUCUGUGGUUCCUCACCACUCUCCGUCCAUGCAGCGUUCACAUCCGGCACCACAUCCUGACCUAGUCACUUUCACCACACAGUGUGCACUUCCACCCACACCAUCUUCAUCAUCCUCCUCCUCCUCCUCUGGGCUCACCUGCCAUGACAGAGCUGCACAUUUCUCCCCGUUUAAUAGGAAGGCUGGAUCACCAUUGUGUUCACAAAGGGAUUUCAUUGCCUAUCCAGCCCAUAGCCCUACUUCAACACGAGAACCAACCUAUCAGUACCAAACAGGCCUGAGCAGUGUUGGUACCCAUUGGACUGACAGCUGAGUAACCCAUAUCAUCAUUUAAUCCACAGCUUUCAACAAUGACUUUCCUCUUCUUCUCUGAACAAGUGCAAUGAGAUUGUUAAGCCAUACAGCCAAGAUGCUACAUUGUAAAGCAAGAGCCAUAAAUCUAUUUAGCCUCGUAGUAUAGGAUGGCCAAAAUAUGUGGCACUGUGUAUUUAUCUGAAUUUGAGAUGUUGCAGUUGAAUGUUCAGGUGAUGAGAUCGAGCACUAAUAGCACCUAAUGAACUAUGUUGAUAUUAAAAUCUGUGAAAUGUUUCAGUGCCAGAUUUAUGUACUAAGAAGUAAGCACAAAGUGUGUGCCAAUUGUACUAAUGCUAUGGCAGGGAUAAUUAGGCCACGUCCACACCAAUUCCUUUAAUUUUUUAAAAUGCAUUGAUAUUUCUAUUUUUACACCACUCAACCACCUGAAACAAAAUGUUCCUCCUUUCAAAAUACCCUCUCCAUAACAACAACAUUUAAAAAACAAUGACAUAAAGAAACUAAAUACAGAGUUUUAAAACGGAUUAGUGUGAAUGUGGCCUUAGUGUAUUGGGUGCAUAAAUUAAAAAAUCAUGUUUAUAUAUAUAUAUAUAUAUACCCUUUUCUCCCAAUUUGUAAUGCCCAAUGCCCAUUACUUAGUAGGUCCUCGUGGUGGCGCGAUUACUCACCUCAAUCCAGGUGGCAGAGGACAAGUCUCAGUUGCCUCCGCUUCUUAGACCGUCAAUCUGUGCAUUUUAUCAUGUGGCUUGUUGUGCAUGACACUGCGGAGACUCAUGCUACCCUCUGCAAUCUAUGCACCUUACCACAAGCCCCAUUGAGAGCGAGAACCACUUAAUCAUGAGAACGAGGAGGUUACCCCAUGUGACUCUAAUCUCCCUUGCAACCGGGCCAAUUUGGUUGCUUAGGAGACCUGGCUGGAGUUACUCAGCACACCCUGGAUUCGAACUCAUGUCUCCAGGGGUGGUAGUCAGCAUCAAUACUCACUGAGCUACCCAGCCCCAGUGUCAGAUUAUAUUGAGAAACUUAGUUUUUAGUUAACCUUAACAAACUUAGUUACUGAGGCAUCCUUCUUUCUCUUGUAAUGUUAAGAGUGUCUUAAACCUGUGCCAAGCCAAAAUAUUUGUUGGAGGAGUUCUUUUGCAGUGAGUUAACAGAAUCAAUUGUUUUUAAUAUUAACACAAUAAAGAAUAAAAAAAAAGGAUUUUCGAAUUUAAGUGUAUUGCUAAUGUUUGCUUUGCAAUCCAAUAACAUAUAUGCAGUGAUUAUGUAUUAAAAUAUCUGACCCUCUGCCAUAAUCAAACCAUUUGCAAUUAGAUUAAAUGAAUGCAGACUCAAAUAUGUCUUAGAAAUCUUCAGCACAGUAGAGUUGGAUGCGCUCUUAUGCAAGUACUCAUAUUUUAUAGGACCAUGUGAAUGCAGUUUAAGGCCAACUGAACUAAGUGCUGGUAGAGAAGGGUUUGAGCAUAAUCCAAACGUGUGCAAUUAGUCCAAUGGAACAUCAGAGAAGUUCCUUGCAACCAGAUGGAAGCUUUAAGAAUGACCAUUAAGCCAAGUGGAGAGAAGAAUGGAGAAGAACAGAGAACUCCACUGAAGUCCAAAAACUUAACUGGCUGGGUUGGAAAAUCCUUACAAGAUUGAAAAUGUAAAACAGCUUCUUCAGGCAGGCAGCCACAAGGCAAAUUCAAAGAGGAUCACAAAGGGUACCACUAGUAGGCCAGCAUUUCUAAUGAAGGAAAACAGGAUAUGUUAAGGGAGCAUAUGGUUAUGACAAAAAGUUAAUUCAGCAUGUAACAAAAAAUCUCAUUUGAGUUAUUUUUACACAGCUGUAGAAUAAACUGUAGCUUUUUGUGGUCUCCCAUUGUGAGUUCACUAUGUAUCAGUGUG